CUUGCCACUUUGAUAUCUCUUCAACCAGCGCAACCUUGUUUGGUGCCAUGGCGACCUCGUCCACUGAUCUUCCAAGCGAAGUGCAGUGGCCUUCCUUCGUGGCCCUUCAGGAGUUGAGUCAGCUCCGCAAGGUUUGCAGGUCCAACCAUCAGACCUGCGAUCAGCUGCUCCGGCAAAGAUACCGUGAAAUCCAAGCGACUUUCGUGGCGAUCGCCCACAGAGCUGGGGAUGUCUUGGACCGACUUCCGGAAGAACUGCUGGAAGAGGACGAGGAGGAGGCGCAGGCUUCAGAGCAGUUGUGGGAUUUGAUGAGUUGGGUUCGGGAGAAAGCCAAAGGCCUUCUGGAGCUCCUGGAAGUCACUCGAGACAAGUGCCCGGACACGGAAGUCGUGAAUGGAGAUGUCCCGCAUCAGAUUUUGGCCGAGAUCGUUGCCAGAGCAGAGUUGGAAGCUCGCGGCGGUACUCGAAAUGCACGCACUAGUCAUGGCGGUACUCGAAAUGCACGCACUAGUCAUGGCGGUACUCGAAAUGCACGCACUAGUCAUGUGGAAGCUGCUUGUAGCUUCAUCCAUGCCACUCGGCAAGUGGAGGAGCUGCUGCGUCCGAUCUUAGCACCAAGACUUGGUUCAGGUCUACAUUCUUCUUCCAUUGUGCUGCACCCGCCCAUGAAUCCUCCUUCUGAGACAGAAUCCGCUUAUUCCGUGACAGAAAACACUCAGAGCAGAACUCGGCCCUCUCAGCCGCCACAGUUCCCAGGGACCAUCACAGAGGACACAGGGGGUCCGGGUCCAGAAGACUCGGCGCUGCCGGAGUCGAUGCCCGGUGGAGCUGACUUGGCGGAACUGCAAGAGCUUGAGCACCAGUUGCUUGAGGCAAGAGCUCGGCAGCCCGGGGACAGCCAGGAACUGGCCAUCAUCUUGGGCAGACUUGGUCAGGUGAAAAGGAAUCUAGGUCACCAGGCAGAAGCCAUUGAGCAUCUGAAGGAAUCUUUGCGAAUGCAGCGGUCUUUGCAAGGUGAUAUUGACCACCCAGGAAUUGCAGCCACUCUGCAUGAGCUUGGCGAUGUGACCGCUCAGACUGGA